AUGAUAUGGGGGGAUUCAGAAGGGCUCCCACGUAGGAGGCACUCCUCCGCUGGCGAGGCUGCUGCUGCUGCUGCUGCAGUGGCUAGAACGUCAGCAGCAGCAACAGCAGCAGCAGCAACAGCAGCAGGGAGUGGAACAGCAAAUGCAGCAGCACAGCCGCCCCACAGCGGCCCCAGAGGGAGGCCUCCUGUACAGGUCGUUGGUGGCGUUGCUGCUGCUCCCGCAGCUUCAGCAGCAGCAGCAGCACCAGCAGCAACAACGGCAACAGCAGCAACAGCAACAACAGCAGCAGCGCGCAGGAGACGCAGCAUUCCGAAAGCACAAGUUAUGCUGCUGCUGAUGCUGCAGCUUGUUAAGGCAUGUGUUAUGGCUCUGGCCUGCGCUAUCAGCUGGAAGGUGGUUUGGUCUCAAGUUCAUGUGCCUGCGCGGCUGCUGUCGGUAGCGUUUUUGCUGCUGCGACUGCUGCAGCUGCAGCUGCUUGAUUUGCUGCUAGUGCCGCUGCAGCAGCUGCUGCAAGGCAUUAGCAGCUUUGCUGCUGUUGUUUUCAUGUACUGGCCGUCUGCUCGCGGGCCUGUGGCGACGGAGCAGCAGCAGCAGCAGCAGCAGCAACUCAGACAACAGCUGCUGCAGCAGCAGCAACAGGUGCGCCAGCAGCAGCAGGAGCUACGAGCGCAGCUGCAGAAACAACUGAGGGAGCUGCAGCAGCAGCAGCAGCAGCAACAGCAGCAACAGGAGCAGCAGCUGCUGCUGCAGCAGUUGCAGGCGGCAAACUAA